AAACUCAAUCACAAUAUCACUGACUGCACACCUGGUUGCAUAACAGGGAGAUGACAAUGAAGAAGAUGGUGAUUUUGAUGCUCUUAAUGGUGUCAGUGUCAUUAAAGGUGGAAACCUCCACUGCUCUGGAAUUGUGCGACAUGGACGAUGAGGGUAUUACGGCAUGUAAGCCAUCGGUGAUGAAACCGGAGCCGGUUGCGCCAUCGGAAGAAUGUUGCAAGGCUGUUAAAGGAGCUAACUUGACUUGCUUGUGCUCUUAUAGAACCUCGCCAUGGCUGCCUGCUCUUGGGAUUGAUCCUGAUCUUGCUUUGGAGCUGCCUUCCAAAUGCAACCUUACCCUUCCUGCUGAUUGCCAAAAUGACUGAUUAAGGUAACCUCUUUUCUUUCCUUUAUUUUAUUUUUAUUUUUAACACCAUUAUCAUUAUGAAAAUUAUGUAAUAAUUAUUCACUUAUUAUUUUGACAAUUUUAAUUCAAGUGAUGUUGUGCUAUGCUAUGCUGUUGUACCCCAAAUUUUAUCUUAUUAAAACUUCCAUUUAAAGGACAA